UGCACGACUCAACUGGCAAACUUAACUCUGGCAUCUUGAAUGGCAACAUCAAUCAGUUGGGCGAUUUCGAUCAAUGUCUGAGAGUGCAUCAGCAACAAAUGGUGAAUGGUGGCGGCGAUGAUGAUGCUGCAACGGGCUCCAAUGUCGAAAUGAAGGGACAAUAUUGUUUGGCUUAUGCUCAACCCGAAUUGCCACAUAAAUCGAAACGUUUGCAAACAUUUUUCAAUCUUGUCCGAUCACAUGGUCCAUUCCGCAGUGAAUUCGAUGAUCCUGGCCAUCGUGUACCACGUUUCUUCCUGAUUAACUGGGGUAUUUGUGUACCCUCAUCCUGUUCGCACAAAGAUGUUGAAUAUACGGUCAAAGAAUAUUUGAACAAUGUAACCGAAUCCACUGGUGUUUCUUUCAAAGUUCGUGUUGAACCACAAAUGUGUCAAGUUAAGGAGAAUAAACCAUGGGACAGUGGAACUACCUGGGCUGUGCGUUUCUUUACCAUCAUUCUAUCGAUAACAAUAUUGUCAACCGUCUAUCAUCUCUGCACCAAGAGCAAAAAGCCAAACGAUUGGCUUGUCGCAUUUUCUUUGGACAAAAAUCUACGCUGGCUCUUCAACACAUCCUCCUCUUCCGAUGAUAUUGAAGCUGUACAUGGUCUACGUUUGUUAAAUGCUAUUAUGUUGUUGUUCUCUCACAAGUCAAUGGCCAUAUUUUUCAAUCCAUAUGAUAAUCGUACCGAAAUGGCAGAGUCUUUGGGACAACCUUGGACCGUCGUUGGCCGUGCCGCUUCUUUGUACACAGAUCCCUUCUUAUUAUUCAGUGGCAUGUUGACGGCUUAUUCAUUCUUUGGACGUUUGAAUAAGGGUCAAACCAUCAAACUGAAAAAUGAAUAUAUCAAUCGUUUUAUACGCAUUGUUCCUCCACUAGGCGCUCUUAUCCUCUUCUGCACGUUCAUUUUGCCAAUGUUGGGUUCGGGUCCACAAUGGAAUUUGGUUGUUGGACAUCAUGCUGAUAUUUGCAAAAAGAAUUGGUGGCGUAACUUGCUCUUCAUUCACAACUACUUUGGAUUCAGUAAUAUGUGUUUGACCCAUACCCAUCAUUUGGGCAUUGAUACUCAACUGUUUGCUGUGGCUCCAUUUAUGAUUUUUGCCAUGUGGAAAUGGCCACGUAAGGGUGCUAUGGCUUUGGUUGCAUUGGCAUUGCUGGCCACAUUUGGACGUUAUUAUGUAACGGUUUUGUAUGAACUCUCGAAUUACAUCUAUUUUGGUACCAACAUCAAACGUUUAUUCCGCACAGCUGAUCGCAUGUACUCCUUCCCUCCAUUGCGUUCUACCGUUUAUAUUAUGGGCAUUUUCUUGGGCUUUGCAUUGCGUAAAUUCCGUGGCAUUAAAUUGUCCAAGACUCAAGUGUAUUGGGGCUGGACUGUGGCAAUUGCCUGUUUGUUGAUAUCACUGUUGGGUCCAGCACCAAUGGGUUCAAUGAGUUAUCAAUACAAUAGCACACACUCGGCCAUUUAUGCCGCCUUUGUGCCCAUCACCUGGUGUAUAUUCUUUGUUUGGGUGGUCUUUGCCUCACACAAUGGCUAUACAAAUAAAAUCACAGAUAUGUUCUCGUGGAAGGGAUUCCAGGUGACCACAAAAUUGUCCUAUGCCAUUUAUUUGACACAAUUCCCGGCAUAUUUCUUCAAUGUGGGACGCCGUCGCCAUGUCCAUCACUAUUAUAAUUUCUUCUCAGUUAUGUUUGAUACCAAUGAAUAUUUGUGCAUAUUCUUUGCCUCUGUGGUAUUGACAGUACUGUUCGAUGCACCAUUCCAAAACAUAAGAAAAUUAAUAACCAAACGUACACCAACCGCUGUAGCCUCUGGUCCUGCCAAUGCCACCAACAAAUCAAUUAACGCCAAUGAUAGUGCCGCUAAAGAAAUCACCACCACCAUCAGCACAUCAACUAAACGUUUGCAUUCCGAUUAG